GGGAUACUAUUCUGUUUCCUCCUCAUUUCCAUGCCCCACAAUAGAGGGAAUAGAAUAACUCUAUUAAAGAGCCAGAUAACACAGGGACAAAGGAUUUCAUAAUCUAGCUUCCAUUCUUCAUUCUUCAUCGUUUCAGCUACUUCUCCAAACAUGUUUCCCGAUUACAACUCUCCAGAUCUUCAUCUGGCACAUCCUACUCGAGAAGAGAAACUAGCAACCUGGAAUCUCAACUAUGAAGAAUGGGGCAAAGCACUCUCCAAAUCAGAAUAUCUUCAUCGAGAACAAUAUCUCGCAAGCGUCCCAUUAACAUCAGAUGAUGGAAUGACAUACUGGUGUCUAGUCGACAAAAAUGCCCCUCCAAACUCUAGAGAGAUUUACGCUUCCUGUGAAUCCCUUCGCAAAAGAGCAUUCAUAUCAAGGAAAGGAAAAGUUGAAGAAGUCAUAAUUCAUUCCAUUGGAAGUGUAUUUUGUCCUCCCAAAAACAGAGGUCACAGAUAUGCAUCUAGAAUGAUGAAGGAUCUAGGUUCCAUCCUUCGAACAUGGCAAAUCGAUUCCAAUAUUCCCGGGCGUUCACAAAUCCCCGCCUCUAUCCUCUUCUCAGACAUUGGAAAGAAAUUCUACGCAAAUCACGGCUGGCUACCUUUUCCCAGCUCUCAUAUCGCGCUCCCUCCUAUAUCUAAAAAUACUAAAGCUCUAGAAACCAGUCUAGCAUCUCCCUUAAAAGCAGAAAAUAUCCCCGCCCUCUGCAACCUCGACGUCCAAUACAUCCGACGCGUCCUCGAACGCGCCUCAGAUGACAAAACACACAUUGCACUCCUCCCCGACCAUGCAACAAUCCAAUGGCACCACCUCCGCGAAAACAUAAUGUCCACUCCUAUUUUCGGAUACGCCCCCGAAAUCAAAGGCGCAAUCGCAGGUUCUGACCUAGGUUCCCGCGUAUGGGCUUAUUGGACCCGUGGAUAUUACAACCCAAUCGAUUUCCCGAAUUCAAGUAAUUGUCUACACAUUUUAAGAUUAGUGAUAGAAGAUGAAGUAGACAAUGAGGAAAAUGCGCGAAAAUUAGAAAGUGUACUCCGGUAUGCGCAAAUGGAAGCACAGGAGUGGAAGAUGAAAGAUGUGCAGUUUUGGAAUCCGACGCCCUUGGUGGAGAAAUUGUUAGAUAGGUCGGAUUUGGGUGGUGAGGGUGCACAUGAGAGGGUUGAGAGAGAGGAGGAAAGUGUAGCUAGUUUGAUGUGGUAUGGUGAGGGUGGGGGAUCUGUGAAUGAACUUGAGUGGGUGGGAAACGAAAAAUAUGGGUGGUGUUAGGUGGGUAGGUUGGUUAAUUUAGGUGGGUAGGUUAGUUUUGUUUGGGUGGGAGUUUGCCGGCAGGAUGAAUGGACAGGAGUGGGGUGGGAGGGGUAUGAAGGACUGGUGAUAAAUUGAUAUCUACCUAGUAUCUAUCUAUCUAUCUAGAUUGGAUCACAUUGGAUUGGAUUGGAUUACUACUGCGCAUUUCAGGGAGCAGAGAGCAGAUACAGCUUGCCUCUUCUAUACAUCAUCCUCAUCAUCGUUGUAUGUAUGU